AUGCCGUAUGGAACGCUGUAUUGUGAGGAGAUGGUGGUGGUGAGGGGCCCCCGGGGGUCCCUCCUGUUUGACACUACACCAGGGAUCAGCUGUGACACUCUGACACUGAUCCUGCGUGUCGCACAUCGGCCCCAGUGUGGGCAGAUUUACAUGGGACAGUACUGUACAGUGAGAUGUGACGGGCUCUCAUGUGCUUUCUGCUCUGUCCAAUCGAUACACAAUGGCGGCGUGUGGCUGAUCCCAGAGCAGGGCAUGUGGGUCAGGACUCUCUGGUCAGGAGCUCCGCACAAGAGCCAACACACUCUGGUCCCACGGGCAAGGUGCUUCUCCUACUCGCUGCGGUCAUCCCUCGGUAUCAGCCCCUGGUUUGGAGCUGUGUGGCCCGUGAAAGGGAUACGAGAGGCGCUCCUUUGUUUCCUGGCGUGCACUCACAUACUUUCUGAGUUCAAGAUAAGCCCCUGCGCCAUGAAAACCCAGCUUUAUGCUCGCUAA